GCUAUGAUCAAUUUUCAACGUGUUAAUAGUUGACUAAAACUUUCAACAAAUAUAUUUGUAAGAAUGGAAUUGAUGGAAGAUUAUUUUGAAAGUGCAAAAUUAAUGAAGGAACGUGAAAAAUUUCUCACAACUGGUUGUUCAAAAUUCAAUGCAAUACUUCAUGGUGGUAUCACUACACGCGGGAUUACACAAAUUUAUGGAGCUGCUGGUACAGGAAAAACACAAUUAGCCUUACAACUGUGUCUUACAGUGCAACUACCUGCAACAGAGGGUGGUUUUGCAGCAGGUGCUGUGUACAUUUGUACAGAAUCUGUUUUUCCAUCAAGACGGCUACAGCAGUUAAUACAAGAAUUAGAAGUUACUAAGAAAUAUGGAAUAAAUGGUGACUUAAUCUUUGUGGAACAUUCAUCAACAAUUGAAGAACUGGAAAUAUGUUUGCUUCAUAGAAUUCCUAUACUAAUGUCUGCACAGAAGAUCGGACUGAUAGUUAUAGACUCAAUUGCUGCACCAUAUAGAGUAGAAGAUUGGAAUAAUGAAUCUAAAUCUAGAGCAAAAUGUUUAAGAACAAUUGGACAACAAUUACAUAAGUUAUGUAGUAAUGACAUCUGUGUAGUUUGUAUCAAUCAGGUCGUGGCUACUGUCGACAAUAAUAUAUUAAAUGAUAACUCAAGGGAAAUUCCAGCUUUAGGAACAACAUGGCUGAGCAUGAUAACUAAUUCUAUAUAUUUUUAUAGAGUAAAUUCUUUUAGAUAUGCUUGUACCAAAUUAUCAUCAAACUUACCUGAAAUAACUAUUCCAUUUGAAAUACAAGGGUCUGGGGUUAAAGCAAUAGAGUAA